GGUUAAACAGUAAUAUAUUCGAUCUCGUCCCUGCUAACACUCCAAGCGCGCAAAAGAUACAGCCAUUGUUGACAGGCCAUGACAUUCGCGCAAACACUUCUCUGUAUCUGAAUAACCAAGCAGAAUGGCUUCACAUUUUUGCAUCUCUCACUCUUUUCUUUUCCAUAAUCAUCAAUCUUUUCCCUCUGCAUUCUCUGUUUCUUCUUCUUCUUCAUUUUCUCUGCACAAUUUUCUAUUCUCAAACGUCACCUACGAACGCUUCACGCUUAUCUCCAAAGCCUCUCUCCACCACCCUCACGCCCACGCGCCAAACCAAGACGCUGUUUCUCGCGACCCAGAUACAAAUUCCUCGUCUUUAUCCAAAAGCCGCGUUUGGGUUAAUCCCAGCAACCCUCGAGCCAAACACAUCCGAACCAAAUCGUCGAGCUCCAGGUACAUUUACCUCACCAGACUCGCCGAGUCAUUGAACUCGUGCACUCCCACCGCGCAACACGUAUCCACAAUUUUGAAGGGUCUAAGAGACAAUGUUUCAGAAAGUGACGCUGUGUUCAUUCUUGACAAGAUGGUGAAUUCUGUUACCGCGCCCUUUGUUCUCAGGUACUUCCUGGACAAGAUUAAACCCUAUGGAGACACCGAGGUGAUUCUCUUUAACAUCACCCUGAAGGCGUUUAGGAAGUCUAGGGAUUUUGAAGGCGCAGAGAAGCUGUUCGAUGAAAUGAUUCAACGAGGGGUUAAACCUGAUAACAUUACAUUUUCGACUUUGAUUAACUCUGCUAGGAUGUGUUCCUUGCCCAAUAAAGCCGUGGAAUGGUUUGAAAAGCUUCCGAGUUUCGGGUGUGAACCCGAUGCCAUGGUGUACUCGGCUAUGGUGUCUGCUUAUGCGCAAACUAAUAAUGUUGAUAUGGCUUUGAGCUUGUAUGAUCGUGCAAAAGCUGAGAGAUGGACCCUUGAUGCAUCGACAUUCUCAUCGUUGAUUAAGAUGCAUGGCGUGUUAGGGAAGUACGAUGAGGGCUUGAGAAUCUUCGAGGAAAUGAAGGCUCUUGGCGUGAAGCCUAGCGUGGUGACAUACAACACACUGCUGGGUGGCUUGUUCAGGGCUAGGAGGUCAUGGCAGGCCAAAAAUAUAUAUAAAGAGAUGGUAACUGAUGGGGUUUUGCCGGAUUUUAUAACCUAUUCUACUCUUUUGCGAAUUUAUGCUGCAGCACAAUAUAGUGACGGUGCUUUCGGUGUUUAUGAGGAAAUGAAGGGGCAUGGAAUGGAUUUGAGUGUGGAUCUCUAUAACAGGCUCUUGGCUAUGUGUGCUAAUGUUGGUUGCAUAGAUGAAGCUGUUGAAAUUUUUGAAGACAUGAAAAGUUCGGGGACUUGUCAGCCUAAUAGCUUAUCAUUUUCAUCUUUAAUUACUGUAUUUUCCUGCAAUGGGAUGGUUUCAGAAGCAGAAGGAUUGUUGAAUGAAAUGGUCCAGUCUGGAUUUCAGCCUACUAUUUAUGUUCUGACCUCACUUGUCCAGUGCUAUGGGAAAGCUAAGCGAAUUGAUGAUGUUGUGAAGAUUUUUAAGCAACUCGUGGAUUUGGACAUUGUUCCCGAUGUUCAAUUUUGUUGUUGUCUUCUGAAUGUUAUGACUCAAACCCCAAAAGAAGAGCUUGGUAAGAUAAUAGAGUGCAUUGAGAAGGCUAAUACACAGCUUGGUUCUGUAAUAAGAUAUUUGGUGGAAGAGAAGGAGGAUGAUGGAAAUUUUAGAAAGGAAAUAUCAGAACUUCUUUAUUCAAUUGAUGAUAAAGUAAAGAAGCCCUUAUGCAAUUGUCUAAUUGAUCUUUGUGUCCGUCUGAAUGAGCCGAACAGAGCACGUGACCUUCUGGACUUAGGAUUGAAGCUUGAGAUAUAUAAAAAUUUACAAUCCAGAUCUCAAAAUCAGUGGUCUUUACAUUUAAAGAAACUCUCAGUUGGGGCUGCUAUGACCGCAUUAAAUGUUUGGAUAAAUGACUUGUCUAAGGCAUUGGAAUCAGGGGAAGACCUUCCACCUCUACUUGGAGUUAACACUGGGUACGGAAAACACAAAUAUGUUUCAGAUAAAGGUUUGGCUAGUGUAUGUGAAUCACAUUUGAGGGAACUCAAUGCUCCAUUCCAUGAGGCUCCAGAUAAGGCUGGCUGGUUUUUGGUUACAAAGGAUGCAGCCAAAUCAUGGCUGGAGUAUAGGAGUUCAACUGAAUCAAUUGCUGAUUUGAACUUUCAGGUUUCAGGUGGUUCAACAUUGGCCGUUCAGUAUGGAUAAUGUCUGUUUUAAUAACGACAUGCUUUUUUAUUCUCCUUCAAGGGAAAUUUUUAAUUAGUAGAUUCAAUAUAUGCAUAUUUAUUAAAAUUUCAGUUAUCUUGUAAAGUAACCGAGGACCUAAUACUAGGCUAGAUCUCUUUGCAGCUGUUCCAUGGUCUAGGGAGUUGCAUAUUUGUUAUAUCAUGUCCUUAAUCUUCCUUUUUAUUUGUUCUACGUUUGUAUUUUUUGAUGUUGCCAUCAUUUGCAAACUAAAUCCAAAUACUUCAAUCGGAGUCAUCAUUGCUCCAAAA